AAAAACUUAUUUGGUUGGUUUUUGAAAAUUUUCGAAUUAUUUUGUCAAAAAUGAAAUAAUGUCUCCUUCUCGAUCUCUCUCCUCAUGCGGUCUCCGCCUUCACGGGUUUCUCUUAAUCCCCGUUUCUUGUUUUUCUUGCACUUUUUGAUCGUUUCGAAGAAAAUGGCACAUCUUAGAAGUAGGCUGAAGUGGAGAUGAAGGAUAGCGGCAGAAAACAAGGUGGGGCGGCAUCACCAUGUGCAGCCUGCAAGCUUCUUAGGCGGAGAUGUGCGGAGGAUUGCUUGUUUGCUCCUUAUUUUCCCGCGGAGGAGCCCCACAAAUUCGCCAGUGUUCAUAAGGUCUUUGGUGCUAGCAAUGUCAACAAGAUGCUCCAGGAACUGCCGGAACAUCAAAGAGGGGAUGCAGUGAGUUCAAUGGUGUACGAAGCAAAUGCACGCGUGAGGGACCCAGUGUACGGCUGUGUGGGAGCUAUAUCUUCCCUUCAGCAACAGAUCGACGCCUUACAAGCUGAGCUGGCACUCGCCCAGGCCGAAGUCGUGCACCUACGUAUGCGCCAGCUGUCAUCCAACGCUGACAACCCAUCCCCUUCAACCAAGGGAAGGCGCUCUCAUCAUCAUCAACCCAAGUCCCUUUUCAACAUGGACAUGUCUACAGAACACGACAACAAUAUGGACGAUCCCUUUUGGCCUUAAAAUCCUAAUUACGUAAUUAUUGGCUGUGUCGAUCUUUUUCACUUUCACAUCUCGUGUUUUUCUUCUUUCUUUGUUUGUUUGUUUGGCUUUCUUACAUACAUACAGCAUAUAUGAUCUGACUAUUGUAAAUUCCGGAAGCGUAUACUUACGAGUUAUAAUUAAUAUCGCAAUGUGUGUCGAACUGA